GCCACUGUCAAUUUUCUACGUAGAUAGGAGUUUUAUAUGUAUAACGAGACAGAUUCGGAUAAAAAAAAUAAAAAAAUAUUCUUUUUGGUAGAAUCUGUCAAACCAAGAACAUGGCGCCGCGGUUUGAAAUUGCUGUUGGUCUCCGAAAAGGCCAUAAAACAACCAAAAUAUCAGCCGGCAGAAAGGGAAUUACAGAUAAAGCUAUAAAAAUCAGACCAGCAAGACUGAAGGGUCUGCAAACAAAACACUCAAAGUUUGUCCGUGACUUAGUACGGGAGGUAGUUGGCCAUGCUCAAUAUGAAAAGAGGGCUAUGGAGUUGCUGAAGGUGUCAAAGGACAAGCGCGCGUUGAAAUUCCUGAAGCGUCGUUUGGGCACACACAUUCGCGCCAAGAGGAAGCGUGAAGAACUCAGCAAUGUGCUGGCGCAGAUGAGGAAGGCGGCCGCGCAAGCCCACCACGCCACCACACACACUAAGUGAACUGUAAUAAACUAAUGUAAAUCCACAUUUAUACUUUUUAUUUUA